CAUCAAGCGAGCCAGGGGCGCACAGUGAUGACGUCUCGGGCACGCUCAUAGCUCGCGACGCGCUUGUUAUUCUUCGCGCAGGGUUCAUUUGGCCAUAAAGUGUUUACAGGAUCAUCGGAUACACUUCUUCGACAACAUGUCUUUCAACGACGACGAAUCCUCAGAGGUCGGGCUGGCCGGCCAGUCCAAGCUGGAGAGCUUCCUGUUCAGCUGCGAGCUGUCCUCCAAUCUUCCUUUCUACACUUUCCAGGGAGAUGAGGAGGAGGACCUGGAGCACUUCCUUGAACUCAGAACAGUUUGCCUGGGAGAGGGGGCCAAGGAGGAGAGUAACGUGGUGGAGGUGACGGCCAUGAACCACCAGGGAAAGACCACCUCAGUGCCCAUCGCACACCUCCACAUGAGCUGUCUGCCCAUGGUGAGUCUGGGGGAGUUCGAGCUGAAAGCCCCAGUGACCAUCAGGCUGAAGGCCGGGACCGGACCAGUCACCGUCAGUGGGCUGCACCUCAUCGCCUCACAGGUCGAGGAGUCGGACCUCUCUGAUGAGGAUGAUGAUGACGACGAUAUGGAGGAGGGGGAGGAGGAGAUCAGCCCCAUUAAACCAGCGAAGAAGAAGCAGAAGCAGUAGGUGGCGGAGGUCACCGAUGGGUUUUUUUUUUUUUUUUUUUUGGAAAGGCCUCACUUAAGAAAUAACACAGAAUUUUUUUCUACCAGACGGACACAUUUUACAAAUUUAGUACUUCUUCCACACGGCCAAGUGAGCGCUCAGUGUGGUGGCAGCUGAACACGCUGUAGGAGGAAGGAACACCGUGACUCCACUCGUCAGUUUCUCACUGAUGUUUGAGGCAUCCACUUGUAGAAGAACUGUUUUUGCUAUUAAAUGCUCCCCUGGUGUUUUUAUACUGUGUACGUCCAGUCGCCACUGACAUGGAUUUACUGAACCGGUGGUGGAAAUGGUGUCUUUUCCCACCUGUGGAUUCAGGUAUUGUUCGGAGAUUCUGUUAAAAACCUUGUGUGUGUCUGUGUUUGUGUGUGUGUGUGUGUGUGUGCGCGCGCUGUCAGACCAGAACAAAGGAUGUCCAGAUUAAUUGAUUAAUCUGAACGGUGCAAUCAGAUGAUUCACAUACACACCACACACACACACACACACACACACACACACACACACACACACACACACACACACACACAGAGUUUUAUUAAAGGCUCGUCGGUGCACAGGAGGAUCUCCACUUGCAGUUGUUUGUAGUUGCAGAAUACUGUUUUCUAUGUGACAUGUCAGUCAUAAAUGUGAAGAUUUUGUACGUAUAAUGAAUGCAUCAAGAAAAGUUUGUGUGUGUUUUCAUUUAUCUCUCAUUUUAAUUUAUACAGAGAAAACCUUCAAGUUUAGCCCCUUUUUUUUGCCUCUAUUAAGUUAAGUGCCUUCUUUGAGAGACACAGCAGUAGUUAGUUUAGGUAGUUUGUAAUGUAAACACAUCGUGGUUGUAUUAAUAUAUUGUGCUUAUUGGUUUUUAUUUAUUUUUUUAACAGAACACUUUUUAAAGAUGCUCUACAAUCCCAAAUAACACAACGCUGUCAACAAUAAAGAGAGUUAUAACAUCA